UUUUAUUUCAUUGUCUCGCCAGUUCCCUUCUCCGUCCGCCCCCCAACUUUCCGCCGACUCUUGGCGUGUUCCGGGAGCCUUUUUCACCUGCCGCGGGAAGAAAAUUCCUGUGCGUUGAAAGUUUGAAACUCUCCUGUCAGCCGCUUUUCUCCUCCAUUCUGAAGCCAUUGACGAAUCCUUCCUUCUUCCUUAUAUGCGUAUAUUGUGCAUGUAAUGAAUUCAUUCAACCAAGCUUUUGGGCAGAGCUCAGGCAUUUGAAAGAGCGAAGAGAGAAGGCGAUCAUGAACUCCAAUCCUCUCGUUGAUUCUCGCACUAUCGCUCGAUUUUCCAUUGGAACCCCCGUGCUUCUUCAUCAUUAUCAUCAGUUUCCGUGCGCCCUUUCCUGUGAUCGUCGUCCUGCAUCUUCCUUUUCGCGACGACGGAGACUCCAUUUAUCCGAAUGUGUUACCAAUCCUCGUCGGCGAGAGGCUCUCUGCGCUACCGCUGUAACGGCUACGACCAAUUCUGCGCCGACAAGAAAUAAGACAUAUACAGUUGGUGAUUUUAUGACUAAAAAGGAGGAUUUACAAGUUGUGAGAACUACAACAACUGUUGAUGAAGCAUGGGAGGCUCUUGUGGAGAAAAAGAUUACUGGAUUUCCUGUGAUUAAUGAUGACUGGAAAUUGGUUGGUGUUGUUUCGGAUUAUGACUUGUUGGCGCUAAAUUCCAUCUCAGGUGGUGGUCGAGCAGCAACAAGCUUGUUUCCUGAUGUCAAUAGUUCUUGGAAAAGAUUUAAUGAAAUACAAAAAUUGCUUGAUAAGACUAAUGGGAAGGUUAUUGGAGAUUUAAUGACCCAUGCUCCACUUGUUGUUCAUGAAAGCACAAGUCUUGAAGAAGCUGCAAGGUUGUUGCUUGAAACAAAAUACCAUCGGCUGCCAGUAGUAGAUAUUGAGGGUAAGCUGGUUGGAAUCAUCACAAGGGGAAAUGUGGUAAGAGCUGCACUUCAGAUAAAACGCGCCAGCUAAAAAUUGCAAAUACUUCCGAAAUCACAGAAGUUCAUGAACCUUUGAAGCACGUAGGAGUAAUAGGCUUUUUUUCUAUGAACAAGUUUUGUAUUUUGCGAGGCCAACUAUAGUAUUAGCUUUGAUUUUUUGCCCCUACUUGUUCGCUUUGUGUUUGCAUGCAUGUCUUCGUCUUUGACAUGCACCUGCGAAUCACGUUGUCUCGGUAAAUAUCGAGAAGGUAUAGAUAGGAUUAAAAUUGGCCAAGAACACUCCAAAUUCUUUGUAUACAUGAAUUGUAGCUUUUGCUACGAUGGUGAUUUGUCGUUCUGAUAAAUAUCUGUUUACAUACUGAGCAAAAUGUGAAGCACUGUAGGAAUUUAGUGUGAGUAAACAAAAACUGGCAGUAAAAUGAAGUUUAUCAUUUAUUGUACAUUUGGAAUUUAUGAAUAAAGCAUUAUCAAAUUUAUAAC